AAACCGCCACCUCCCCGCCUCUCCACUAGCUGCUCGGAAAGACCGCUGUCGGUGGGCUAGUCCGGCUGCGUCCCAACCCUCCUCCCCUCCGGGUCUCCGCCCCCUCGCGCAGAGGAGGCCUCGCCGCUUUAAGAGCCGGGCAACCCAUCGACUAGCAAUAAACGCUGAGCGCCGGCUGAGCUGGAGCCGCGAGAGCCGGGGGCUCCCCCCGCACGCAGGGGCAGGUCCAGGAGGAAGGGGAGUCAUCCUGCCAUCUUUGUAAUUGCUGUCAUCUGAGCUCAGGAGAGGCAUUUCGGAGCCCUUGUGAGCCUCGCCAUGCCUGUUGCUGCCACCAACUCUGAGACUGAGUCUGCUUCCUGCUGUCUGAAGCCUCCCCCUGCCCAGGCUGGCACUACCUAGCCAUGCAGCAAGUCUUGGACAACUUGGGAUCCCUCCCCAAUGCCACAGGGGCUGCAGAACUGGACCUGAUCUUCCUUCGGGGCAUUAUGGAAAGUCCCAUAGUAAGAUCCCUGGCCAAGGCCCAUGAGAGGCUGGAGGAGACGAAGCUGGAGGCCGUCCGGGACAACAACCUGGAGCUGGUGCAGGAGAUCCUGCGGGACCUGGCGCAGCUGGCGGAGAGGAGCAGCACGGCCGCCGAGCUGGCCCGCAUCCUCCAGGAGCCCCACUUUCAGUCUCUCCUGGAGACGCACGACUCUGUGGCCUCCAAGACCUACGAGACACCACCCCCCAGCCCCGGCCUGGACCCCACGUUCAGCAACCAGCCGGUGCCCCCCGACGCCGUGCGCAUGGUGGGCAUCCGCAAGACCGCUGGAGAACAUCUGGGAGUGACGUUCCGCGUGGAGGGUGGUGAACUGGUGAUCGCGCGCAUUCUGCACGGGGGCAUGGUGGCUCAGCAAGGCCUGUUGCAUGUGGGCGACAUCAUCAAAGAGGUGAAUGGGCAGCCAGUGGGCAGCGACCCCCGCGCGCUGCAGGAGCUCCUGCGCAGUGCCAGCGGCAGCGUCAUCCUCAAGAUCCUGCCCAGCUACCAGGAGCCCCAUCUGCCCCGCCAGGUAUUUGUGAAGUGCCACUUCGACUAUGACCCGGCCCGAGACAGCCUCAUCCCCUGCAAGGAGGCGGGUCUGCGCUUCAACGCCGGGGACUUGCUCCAGAUUGUAAACCAGGAUGAUGCCAACUGGUGGCAGGCGUGCCAUGUGGGAGGAGGCAGUGCCGGGCUCAUCCCAAGUCAGCUUCUGGAGGAGAAGCGGAAAGCCUUUGUCAAGCGGGACCUGGAGCUGACGCCCACCUCAGGGACCCUCUGCGGUAGCCUUUCAGGAAAGAAAAAGAAGCGGAUGAUGUAUUUGACCACCAAGAAUGCAGAGUUUGACCGCCACGAGCUGCUCAUUUAUGAGGAGGUGGCCCGCAUGCCCCCAUUCCGCCGGAAAACCCUGGUGCUGAUCGGGGCUCAGGGUGUGGGUCGGCGCAGCCUGAAGAACAAGCUCAUCAUGUGGGAUCCAGACCGCUAUGGCACCACGGUGCCCUACACAUCCCGGCGGCCCAAGGACUCAGAGCGGGAAGGCCAGGGUUACAGCUUUGUGUCCCGAGCAGAGAUGGAGGCUGACAUCCGUGCUGGGCGCUACCUGGAACAUGGUGAAUACGAGGGCAACCUCUAUGGCACACGUAUCGAUUCCAUCCGGGGUGUGGUGGCUGCCGGCAAGGUGUGCGUGCUGGAUGUCAACCCCCAGGCGGUGAAGGUGCUGAGAACGGCUGAGUUUGUCCCAUACGUGGUGUUCAUUGAGGCCCCCGACUUUGAGACUCUUCGGGCCAUGAACCGGGCUGCACUGGAGAGUGGGGUGUCCACCAAGCAGCUCACGGAGGCGGACCUGAGGCGGACGGUGGAGGAGAGCAGCCGCAUCCAGAGAGGCUACGGGCACUACUUCGACCUCAGCCUGGUCAACAGCAACCUGGAGAGGACCUUCCGGGAGCUCCAGGCCGCCAUGGAGAAGCUGCGAACAGAGCCCCAGUGGGUGCCUGUCAGCUGGGUGUACUGAGCCUGCUCGGCUGGACCUUGUCCCCUCCGGGCUGUGACCCAGGAAACUGAAUCCAUCCCUUCCCCAACCAUGACCCUCAGCCGUGAUCCUUAGCUCCAGCUCCUGGCACUCUGGCUCCCUGGGUAGCAGCUUCCAGCAGGCCCUACGUCUGGCUUCGGCGCAGAGGCGAGCACUGCCAGGGAGGUGGGUGUUCAUGGGGUACCUCUGUGCCCAGGUGCUGCCCCCUCCUGAUGCCCAUCGGCCACCAGAUACUCCUCUCUGAGGGCCAAGCUGUGCCCACCAGUGUGUCAGAAUCACCUCCACAAGGCUUCGUCCAGAGAAGAGCUGCUCUGGGAUGAUGUGACCAGUAGGAAGACAGCCCCUGCCACCUCUCCCCAGUCACCUCUUCUCCUCUGGCCACACCCACCCCAUUCCUGAGCCCCUCCCCACUCUCACCUCUGUGUCCUGGGAGCAGGACUUGGGCUUUUUCUGUGUGGCCCAGGGAGCGCAAGGCCUGGGCGGUGGGACCAGUCCGGUGCCAUCCUGAAGGCUGCAGGGGCCAGCGCGAGAGCUAGUUGUCCCUGUCUGGGAAGAGUGUGGCUCUCUGUCCCCGAGGAAUGAGGUGGAGUCCCGUGUGUGGGCACUGCCCUGUGGUUCCCUCACCCACAGCUUCUCACUGCCGAGGUCUCUCCGCAGACUUCUCUGACUGCCCCUGACAGGGCAGCCCUGCUCUCUGCAGGGCGAGGCCAGCAGGGGCGAGUGGGCCAGCCCGGUCAGGGUGGGUGGUGGCUGAGCCCUGAGAGCAGGGGCCUGCCACUGCCGACCGAAGAACCCCAAGCUCUCCAUGGCCCAGGGUGAGGACACAUCUGGGCUCCCUGUCCAUGACCAUGGUCCAUUUCGGUCUUUCCUCUGGCCGGGUCUGCGUGGUUCACUAGCACCCAGAUGGCUGAGGGGCUGAGGAAGGCUGAGGAGGGGAGCUUGUGAGCAUGGGGCAUGGAGUGCUCUGGCAGGCCCCUUGUUGCCCGAUUCCAGGGGGUGCCAUCUGUGCCGUUUCUGUGCAGUUUAUGGCCCACACCCAGCACACCUUGCCUGGGAUUGGGCCACUGGUAUAUGUGUGUGCAGCCUUGGCUUUUAGAGAGAAGCUUUGGAGGUCACUCUUUGGGGCCCCCUUUUCAGGGUUCCCUGUCAGUGCCCAUGUCUUAUGAGACCCUCUUUGCAGAUUCUAGAGCCCUGGCCCUCCCACAUGUCUUGCUCCAGCUGUUCUGUUGUCUCCUGACCCUAAGGGCACUCCCGGUCCUUGGGGAGGGCAAUUGUGUAAAAUAGGGGAAUCCCUUUUAAGAAAAGAACGCUGUCCUCAGCUUCCCGGGCAUCUCAUCCCUUGUCCUUCUUGUGGUCCUUCUUGGGGUGAGCCUUUCCUUGCAGGGGGCCGCCCCAGCCCCUGUGCUCCCCAUCCUGCCGAAUGUCUGAUCAGUGUCCGCUGCAGAGUCAGCCCACGCUGGCCCCCGAACCACUGUGUGCCCAUUUCCUAGGGAAAGGGAGGGAGAAGAGACAGAAUAUUUAUUACAAAGUUAGAAAUAUAUUUAUUAUAUUAGGGAUCUCAUUGCAUUUGCAUGGGGCAUGCAAAUGAGACGUGAAAGUCAAGACUGCUCCCGUCUCAUUUGCAUAGCUCUGCAUCCACUUUAUAUUCCUCUUUUCCCUUUAGUCCGCCUUCUUUUUAUCUUUAGUUCAGCUCUUACAUCACCUUCACCCGAGGGCACUGGGAUCUGGAGGAAAAUGGGGUGUUCGUGGGCCUGUGGCCAUGAUGCCUUUGCGAGUUCCCACCUCAUUGGGGGGACUCUGGAGGGGAGGUCGCAAAGGGGAUGAUGGUAUUGCCGCCUUCCGCUUGCCCUCAGUUAACCUCCAAAGCCCUCUGACCAGCAGACGGGGGUCAGGGGGCCUGGGUACCCUGCAGGGGAGUUGGCAUGUGGCCCUUUAGGGUAAAUCUCUACUGUCGAUGCUCAUCGUCACCCAUCGGCACCUCUAGCGAUGCCCUCUAGUGAUGCCUGGGCCCCUCUCCUGUGUCCAUCCCUCUGAGCAGUGGGCCGCCUCCCCUGGAUAAGCCCCGCCCCCGGGGAACAGACACGUGUGCCCACCAACUGAGCUCUGACUCUGUCCUUCCUCCUCCUACCGUGGACACUUAUAUUUGAGUGUGUCCCCCACUGUCCACACUCGGUCUGAGCCCGGCUGCCCUUCCCUUCCCCCCUCCCUCAGCCAUCUAGCUUCCGAGCUUUCUCUCUGACUGGUUUUCUUUCUUUUUCCUUUGAUUAAAUGUGAAAGCAAA